GGCGCGAAUGGGGCACUGAUUGCGGUGCAAAUCGUGGAAGGGCUUGGCCACCAAGACGACGCUGUUUCUUAUCUUUCGUGGUGCGAAUGGAGGGAAUCUGGAACACGCUUCUAUUCGCAUGACCGAUGGGCAGCAUCGACCAUGGUUUUCGCAAGGACAUGGCGCGGGCCGGCUUGGCACCAACAGCGGCGCACUGGAACCGUGUCCGCUUGGCUCGAAUGGCCGCCGCCCUCUCAUUUGUCCUUUUCGGUCUCCGUAGCGGUUUUUCGAUCGGCAAUCUCGCUCUUGUUCCUUCCUGUCGCCAGAGACUGCCUUUCGGCUCCCACUCCCGCCUCCUCCUCCUCCUCCUCCUCCUCCUCCAAAGGCCCGCGCCUGCAUCCUUCCGAAUCUCUCCGCCUCGAACCGCAUCGGAUUUACCCCCCCCAGCCGGAUCCCCUGCAUCUUACAUCCCGCCCUCAGCAACCAGACAGAACACACAAAUCAUCACGCUUUGGCAUCAUGACGAUUCCGGGAGGAGCAGGCCAGCACCAAUCACAAGGCGAUCAGGCCAAAGCCCGGCAAGAACAGCAAAAGAAGCUGCUAAAAUACCAGCGACAGAAGGAAGCCGAUGUGAACGAAUAUGAGAAGGAGAUCAUCUACAGCGACAAAUAUAGCGACGACAUCUACGAGUAUCGCCACGUAAUGCUCCCUCAAAAGCUCGCUCAAUAUGUUCCCCAAGGACGUCUGAUGCCGGAGGAUGAAUGGCGAUCACUUGGAGUAAUGCAAAGCCGCGGAUGGAUCCACUACAUGGUUCACAACCCAGAGCCACAUAUCCUGCUGUUCCGAAGAGAGCUGAAUUACGGCCAAAACUGAUCCAGAGAAAAGAGUUGGUGUCGACCGAAGGGCGAAAUGGGACUCGUGUGAUGAUAAAAGCAGCAUGAUGCAACCAAACCGGAAGGAAUCGUUCUCGUCACGAUCUGCCACGCUGACGAAGCUUGCU